AUGUCGCAUACUAUGGCCUCCACAGUGCCCAUUCUCUUCGUUCUCAACAUCUUGCUGAUGAUGCGCAGUCGAGACUUCAAUACCGUCCAAUCGAGCCUAUCCCCACGACCCAUCUAUUGUAUGCCGAAUUUUAUUACUACCACGUUGCUCUUGGCUGGCAAUACCUUCCACUGGAUUGUUGCAGUCUUCCGCGUUUACCAGGCUUUCAUCCUGUUUCACAACGGCAGCGAACCACUACCAUUUUACAGUGAUUUAUCUCAAAUCAGCGAAUUGAUUUUGACUGGUGCUCUUGUCUUUUGUGUCGUCGUCGGUGACGUUAUGAUUUCUGUGGCAUCGGCAACAUUCAUCAACUCUCGUUAUCAAACCAUAAUGGAGUCACUAGCGAUCAAUGGGUCACCGCGAAUUGUGUUUCUACCUUGUGGUAUGAUCGCAUGGAAGAUAUGGAGCAUUCGUAGAGGUAUCGGACGUUGUGGUGGCAGCAACUUAAUGAGGAUGCUGGUUUUCGUUGUGGAAAGCGCUGCCCUUUACUCGAUGACGCGCACAAGCAGGAAAGGCCUUCUCAUACAGAUCCACCUGGCCCAAAUUUAUGUAACGAAGAUCAUCUCGUAUAGUCUUCCGUUACCAAACGAGAACCGAUUUUCGUGGGCGAUGGGCAUACCAGUAAUCAAACUAAAACGAGAGCAAACACAAAAGAUUUCGACCACUAAGACCUGA